AUGCCGGAACGGAAAUGUCUUGCAGUGGAUGGCCUUAGCCAGCCUUCAAGCACCACUGCUUACUUUCUACCAACGUACAGGGAUGAAUGUUGUUGCCCUCAAGAUGAUCAUGCCUUUGUCCUCAAGAUUCCUCUCGCCAAGAGCGGGGGGAUUUGCAUGGUUUACUGCUUGUUGUUGCCACAGGUUGCAGCAUUGAAUAUGAUUUUCCAGGGCCUGACACUGCACUGUGAUCUGACCAUGAGGCCUUUGCCUCUGGCCAGUGGCUGCGCUCCCCACAGUAUGUGUUUCCCGUCUGCUGCAGGCGAAGAAAGAUGCCGAGACCUCAUAGAGGCCCACAAGGAGUGCCUACGAGGGGAGGGUUUUAAGGUGAGUAGCUGA